AUGCCACAGCGCCCCCUGUGGGAGCUGCAGAGCUGCUGUCCUGCCCCCUCCUCUGCCUCUGGGUGGAUGAUGGAGGGAGAGCCCUUCACGUCUGCCCUCUCCUCUCUAAUCUACUCUGCCGGGGGGCACUUCGUCGCCCUCUCCUCCUCCUCGUCCUCCUCCUCCUCUUCCUCCUCGUCGGAUUCGGCCAUCGCCGCGGCCAUGUCCCUGGAGCAGAAGACCACUUUUGCCCUGGUCAUCUUCCUCUUCGUUUUCCUCCUCAUCCUCAUCGUUCGCUGUUUCCGUAUCCUGCUGGACCCGUACCGCAGCAUGCCCACCUCCACCUGGGCUGACGGCCUGGACGGGCUGGAGAAGGGCCAGUUUGACUACACGCUGGCUUAGAGUUACACAAAUACGUCCCAGAACACUGCCGUUGAUUUCUCUACCAUGAGAUCUGAGUGAUCAUGGAGCCACGCUG